AUGAUAAAUGUUGGUACUAUGUCUAAACACAAGCAUCAAAAUGACAAGGAGUACAUCUCACGAGCUAGAACUGAGCAACACCAUGAUAAAUAUGAAAGAAAUUGUAAGAAACAGAAAGAGAAAGAAGGCAAAAGUCAUUUUACUGAAGAUGAUCAUCAUUCAGGGGAAAUAUCCAAAAAGAUAGUGCAUUUAAAAUGCACUCAUCCUGGUUUUCAAUGGAAAAAUUAUCGCUCUACUCUGAAUAAAAUAUUCUUUGACUACAAAGGAAAAGUUAAAAGAAAUACCUCUGAGUAUGAUGAUUUUUGGAUAUUUCUUGAGAAGUAUCAAAAAGUUCAGCUAAAAGCGUAUAUGAAAAGAGAGGGAGCCGCCGAAAGUAGAGAAUCCUCCAUUGGAGUUCCUGAUGUUAAUUCAAAAGCCAAUUCUGACUUUGGUAUUGAUUCAGAAGAAUUGAAGAAUAUGAUGAUGCGUGGCUACUUAUUCAAUGAUGAUGAUUCAUCCUCUUUGACAAGUCAUCACCUCAUUGAAUUUGCCUACAUUAUUGAGCUUUACUUAAACUGUCUCAAAAAGCAAAAGGAAGAAAAAUUGAGAAAAUUGAAAGAAUCACAAGAAAACUUGCCUAUUUUCAAGUACAGGAAUGCGAUAUUAAAAGCUGUCGAGAGCAAUUCAGUCGUUCUUGUUGCUGGUGAUACUGGUUGUGGUAAAUCGACACAAGUUCCUCAGUAUUUGAUGGCUGCUGGCUACAGCAGCAUAGCUUGCACUCAGCCUCGUAGAAUUGCUUGUAUUUCUUUAUGCAAGAGAGUUGCAUAUGAAACGCAGAAUGAGUAUGGGUCAGAAAUCGGCUAUCAAAUACGAUUUGAAAAAAGUAAAACUUCACAUACAAAAAUUUUAUUUCUGACUGAAGGUUUAUUGCUACGUCAAGUUUCAUCUGAUCCUAUGCUCUCUGGGUAUAGUGUUGUAAUCUUAGACGAAGUCCACGAACGGCAUCUGUCAUGUGAUUUUCUUUUAGGAAUCAUGAAGUGUUUAACUAUACAACGGCCUGAUCUUAAAAUAUUGUUGAUGUCUGCAACUAUCAAUAUUGAUCUAUUUUCCGAAUAUUUCAAUGGCUGCCCUGUUAUUCAGGUUCCUGGGCGACUGUUUCCUAUUCAAGUUCAGUACUGUCCUGUCACUCCAGAAGAACAAAAGUCUUUGACUGGGAAGCUCAACCCUGCUCCUUACAUUCGCAUACUGAGCCUCAUUGAUCAUAAAUACCCUGAAGAUGAAAGGGGUGAUUUACUGAUCUUCUUGAGUGGAAUGACUGAAAUAUCUAUUGUGGAAGAAGCUGCUAAGCAAUAUGCAGAGAAGAACAACAAGUGGAUUAUUUUGCCACUGCAUAGUACAUUAUCCCUUGAAGAACAAGAUAAGGUUUUUGAUAUACCACCUGAAGGAGUUAGAAAAUGUAUCAUAUCUACAAACAUUGCUGAAACAUCAGUUACAAUAGAUGGUGUUAGAUUUGUGGUUGAUUCUGGAAAAGUGAAGGAAAUGAGCUAUCAUCCCAUAUGUCAUAUGCAACGCUUACAGGAAUUUUGGAUCAGCAGAGCUAGUGCAGAACAGCGUAAAGGUCGUGCUGGAAGAACUGGCCCUGGUGUUUGUUUUCGACUAUAUGCUCAAAAAGAUUAUGACGGCUUAGCUGCUUAUACGAAACCUGAAAUACAAAGAGUUCCUUUGGAUUCAUUACUUUUGCAGUUGCUAUCAAUGGGUCUACCAGAUGCUAGAAAAUUUCCAUUUCUUGAACCACCAGAAUUAUCCAGUAUUGAGGAAUCUCUUCAAAAUCUAAAAAGCCAGGGUGCUCUGACUGAUGAUGAAACUCUCACUCCUAUGGGCCAAAUGCUCUCUAAGCUGCCAGUGGAUGUGACCAUUGGGAAAAUGCUAAUCCAUGGAUGUGUAUUUUCAGUUGUUGAUCCUGUUUUGUCUCUUUCUGCUGCAUUGAGUGUGCAGACACCAUUCACAAAUCGAUCAAUGAGAGAUCCAGACAUGAAGGCAUCUAGACAAUCUCUUGAAUCAGAUCAUGGUGAUCCAUUUACAUUAUUGAAUGCAUUUCAUAAAUGGCUUGAAGUUAAAUCAGACAGACGUGGCAACUCACGCAAAUGGUGCAAAAGGAAAGGAUUAGAGGAGCAACGAUUCUAUGAAAUGACCAAACUCAGGAGACAGUUCAAAGAUCUCUUAAAAGACAGUGGACUUAUGCCUGAAGCAGAUAGUUUUACCAACAGUAGGGAUCGUUUGAAUAGGCAUGGGGAGCUCUCACAAUUACGUGACAUGAAAAGACAAUAUCAUCGAGCUCCUAGACAACGUAAAGUUUUAAAGUUAGACAGUGAGUUCAUUGCUAUGAAUGAAGCAGAGAGUGAUGAUGACGAUGGGAGAAUAGAUAUUCGUGAUGUUGAUUUUAGAAUAUCUAAUGACAAAUGGCAAGUUCAUAUGUUGUCUUCAAAAAGUCAAGUCACGAGCCAUCGUGAUGUUGUCUGUCUAAAAUUUAUUGUUUGCAGUGCUCUUUAUCCUCGCUUAGCAAUAGCUGAUGUACAUAACUCAUAUAAAAACUCUACUGAGCAGCAUUUUCAUACAAAGGGCAAGCCUUUUGUGGUUCUCCACCCAAAUGGCUCAUUAGCACUUGAGCCAGAUUUGCUACAACUGAAAGAGACUGAUAUCAUUGAGAUGAAACAUUUCAAAUCAGCCACACCAUUAAGUAAAAAACACCAGAUUCUUAGUUUUUUGUCUUUAUUGGAAACUACAAAGCCUUUCUUAGUGAAUUGUUUGAGAAUACCUGCUGCUCACUCUCUCUUACUUUUGUCUCAAAUCUUGGAUACCAAUCAGGAUUUUACAAGAAUUAUCUGUGAUGGAUGGAUUGAAUUAUGCUUCCCACAGCCUGAAUCAAUACAAGGCUUCAUUGGCAAAGCAUUUAAUAUAAGAGAUUCUUGGCAGAAAUUAUUACAGAAAGCUUUUGAAGAAUACACUAUGGAUAAAGAAGAAAAGAGUGCUGAAAUUCAAAAAAUGGGGCAGAAAAUUUACAAUCUUAUUGCUGAUUUUUUUCACACAGAAGUAAUUUUUUCUGUUCGAAGAUUGCUUGCUGCUGAUGUCAAAAACAUAUAUGUAGGACCUCAAGAUGGAAAUGUAGCUGUUGCUGUGGGCCUUUUGUCUGAAUCGAGUGAUGCUGUUGAAGAUCCAGUGAAGGGUGGUCUUAAAAUAAAAAACUAUUUGACCUACAAUUGUCUUGUAGACAAGAAUGAUACCCACUUGCAAUACAUACAAAAGCAUUGGACUUGCCCUGUUUGUGACAAAGAAUUUGUUGCAACUGUGUUAGAUCAAGUGCGACAUAAGGAGCAAUGUGAAGAGCUUAAUAAAGAAAAGAAUCCUGAAAGCACUGAGACUAAUGUAAGAAACCCUCUUCAAAAGCCAUAUUUUUGUGCAGUUUGUCAAGAAGAAUUUUCUUUUACCAUAGCAGAAACUCUUAAGCAUAAAAGAAGUCAUUCAAAUGACAAAAGCUGAUCAUUUCAAAGCAGUUAUGCAAGCAUAAUUAAUGUACAUUUGUAUAUAGUUUUGUUAAGUUUGAAUUUAAUAUACAUCAUUGUAUUUUCUAUUGAAAUA